AUGUCCUUGCUGCGCUUCUUUUGCCAGCGCUGCUACCAGCCCUUGAGGCGGACUCAGUCCGGCGAGGCCUUGGGCCCUGACACCAGCCAAGAACCUGCAGCUUCGAAGCUGCCCUCAGCUCACUGGGAGCCGAGAGACGCUCCAGAGGAAGGCUCCACCUCCACCAUGGAGACAGAUGUACAAAACGGUGCCUCUGGCAGGACCCACCCUGGCAACAGUAGGGUGUCCGGGCCCUGUUCCGGCAUCUUCACCCUGCUUGGGAAGCUGAGCUCCGGGAGAACUCUCCACAGCAUCCAGCUGUCCGUUCAGGGCACCUUCGACAUCCUUUCUGGCGAAGGAGAUGGGGACCAGGCCCUGUGUCAGGAGUGUACUGACAAUCUCCUGGAGCACCUGGACAGCCAGCUCCUGACCUCCGAAUCGGAUGUCCAGGCCUACAAACGCCGUUUGGAGCGAGUUGACGAGGACCGGAGGGAGGCGCUGCAGGAGGAGCUGAAGGACGCGGAGCGGGAGGAAGCGCGCCUGGUCCGGGAGCUGGAGGAGACGGAGAAGAACCGAGAGAGAGCAGCUGCGGCUCUGGAGGCCGCGAAGGCGGAGACCCAGCUGCAAGAGCAGCAGGAAAGGCAGUACCGGCGGGACUACAGUCAGCUGCUGUGGCAACAGCUGGACCUGUCUGACGAGCUCCAAAGCGUGGAGAACCAGCUGCGGUAUGCCCAAGCCCAGCUAGCCUGGCUGGAGAAAACCAACGCCUGGAGGGCCACGUUUGAGAUCCGAGAUGACGGCCCCUUGGCCAGUAUCAAUAGCUUCAGACUGGGCUGCCUGCCCGCUGUCCCCGUGGGCUGGGGAGAGAUCAGUGCGGCCUGGGGGCAGGCCGCCUUGCUGCUCCUGGCCCUGUCUCGCAAGGUCGGUCUGCAGUUCCGGAGGUUCCGGCUCAUCCCCUGCGGGACCCGUUCCCGUCUGCAGUAUUUAAGCAAGGACUCCAUUGAGCUGCCCCUGUUCUUCCACCAGGGGCGGGGCGGUCCCUCGUGCCGCGAGUUCGACCGCGCCAUGCUGGCUUUCCUGGACUGCAUGCAGCAGUUCAAGAAGGAAGCCGAGCGAGGCGAGGAGCCCGGCGUCUGCAUGCCCUGCCGGGUGCACGCGAGGCAAGGCCUGAUCGAGGAGCCCGGGGCCAGCGGGGAAUGCUAUUCCAUCAGAAGCGAGUCCAACACGGAGGAGCGGUGGAGCAAGGCCCUCCAGCUCGUGCUGACAAAUCUCAAGGGCGGUCUCGACUGGGUCUCCUCAAGGUAUUGUCAAAAAUAG